CGCCAGUAUUUGAAUCAGAUUCUCAACAUAUCGACGCUUGAAGAUUUACAGCUGAUCAUGCGCAAGGCUUUCCAAGAAGCCCAAACUACUGUUGCUGUACAUAAACGGCAACUUGCAAUCAUGAGGGCCGUAAUAUUACGUGCAAACACGCUAGGUUUAACAUCGGAUUUCAACUCAUUUUUUUGCCACCUUAUAAGUAAGGUUCUCCCGAUGAAGAAGAAUGUUAAAGCCGCUGAUAGGAUUGUGAAGUUCAUCUCAUCGUUUUUUUCGCUAAUUAAUCCAAUGAGAGUCGAAGAAGAGGAAGAUCUUGAAAGUGAUAUUGAGAACAGCCAAGAGAUGGAAGAACUUUAUUCACUUUUUGUUGAAAAGGUGUUGAAGUUUUUACUCGGUGGGCUAGAUGCGCUGAAUACCACUGUUAGGUUCCGUAUAUGUCAUCUACUCUCACACAUAAUUGGAAAUUGUGGUGGUAUAGAUGAGGAUUUAUACGAGACUUUGUCUGAUGAGCUGACAACCAGAAUAUAUGAUAAAGAUGCAUCAGUGCGCAUAAAAGCGGUAACGGCGCUAGCAUGCUUCCAGAACGAUGACAGAGGUUCCCUUUCUUUGGCCGGUAAGAAAUUACGAUUUACCAUGCAGAAUGAUUUGAAUUCUGAGGUUCGCAGAGCAUGUUUGAGAAACAUAGAGAAAAACAGAUUUACCGAGCCAUUCAUUGUUGAGCGUGCUAGGGAUGUUGAUACUACGAACCGGCGGUUAGUUUAUUCCAAGAUUUUACCUGGUUUUCAGAAGAUUACGGAUAUUAAUUCUGCAAAUCGUAACCGAUUGCUGGAAUGGGGACUAAGAGAUAGGGACGCUACGGUGAGAAAAGCAGCCACAAAUUGGUUAACAGAAACUUGGAUGCGUGACACCAACAAUGACUUGGCUGAAUUUUUAGAGAGACUUAAUGUGACAGAAAGUGAUAUUGCCGAGACAGCGGUAAGAGCAUUACUGGAUAAGAAGCCAGACAUAGUGAAUAAUUUGAAGCUAGAAUCCGACUUUUUUGACAACUUGACUCCAUCUUUGGCAUUAAUGAUACGCGUUGUUUUUGAGUAUUGUCAUGAUAAUCGCAAAUCUGACAUUAUUGAGAAUCUAUUUAUGGAGGCUGCCGAUUUUGCUUCAUUGUUUGUCAGAUAUUUUAGACUGAGAACGGAGAAUUUGCUGAAAAUCAGUGAAAAUAGAGAAGAGAUUGAAAAAAAUCCCGAAUUUGCCAUUGAAUUGGGCAUCAUUGAUCCUGACGAAUAUAACUACAUUAUCAUGCAACUUCUGAAAAUUGCGGUAGAUUACGAUUACAGCGAUGAAUUCGGAAGAAGUAAGAUGUACAGCAUUUUGAGGUCGACCCUAAGCAAUAAUUCUGUCACUGAACCGAUAUUGCCCUUGCUGAUGGAAUGUUUGAGAAAGUUGGCCAUCAAUGAGCGUGACUUCUGCCAAAUGACCGUCGAGAUUAUCAAUGAUUUGAAAGAUUCAGAGUACGAGAGGAUAAUGAACUUGAAGAAGCAAGAAGAAGACAAUAGGAAAGCUGAAGAGGAGGCACUGACGAAGAAGUCCGAUGAUGACGAAAAUGAUGAAGACAGUGAUUAUGAAGAGUAUCAUUCCGCAAUGAAUGAUAUGUCAAGGCAAUCAAUCAUUGAAGCUAACAAAUCAAGACAAGAGGAAAUUGAUCAAGUUUCCGUUUUGUCACCUGAUAUCAUCACGGAUUGUCUAACGAUAACCAAGUGCAUGCUUCAGUUGGUGUUUUCACCAUUAAGGGAGAAUAUGCUACUUAUUUCCUUGCUUGAUAAUUUUAUUGUUCCAUGUGUGAAUCAGAGGUCAGAGGUUACUGUGCGAGAAUUAGCUUUGACAUGUCAUGGGCUCUGUGGCCUCUUGGACAAGGAGGUUGCCGUCUCAACGAUGGUUGUCGCUGGUAUUUUCGUGACUAGAAGUGACCAUGAAUCUUUCGUUGUGACUGGUUUGAAAGUCAUAGGUGAUUUACUGACAAUCCAUGGAAUAUCUAUUCUCCAGAGUGAAAAUCAACGAAGUAUUGAUUCCAUGGCUGUCGCUAAGGUGUUCUACCGUACGUUGAAGGAUGAAAGCAAACCAGAAGCGCAGUCUAUUGUGGCAGUGACGUUGUUCAAAUUAUUCCUCUGUGGCGUGAUCAAUGAUGACGAACUUUUUGAGACAACACUAUUAACCUACUUCAACCCUAAAGUCAAUAAAAACCCAGCAUUGAAGCAAUGUCUAGCAUUUUGUAUUCCAACAUAUUCAUUUUCACAUGAAAACCAUCAAGAGUUGAUAGCAAGCAUUGUGUAUGAUACCAUCGAGAGACUAUAUAAAGAUUGGGAUGACAUUGUGAGUUUGAACCAUUCAUUGGAGAUCAAGCAACCCGUUACUGCUAAUUUCAUCAUUGAAAGUUUACUGUAUUGGACUGAUCCUUACAAUCGCGCGUUGGCAAGUGAAGAAGAGAUGGAGAGCAGCUCACUACAUCUUGAUGUUGGAAUCCAGUUGAUGCGGCUUCUCAAGAAAUACGACUACCAGAAUAAGACGCAUAAAGCGCAAUAUAAACCGAUAAUAAGGUCCCUAACAAAGCUAACUUUCACAUCCAAAGCAAAUAUCGAAAAGUUACGUAAAUUUAGAGAAUGCUUUGAUGAUGAUGAGUUGUGUCAGGGGGAUUUGGAUGAGGUACUGAACUCAGACUUGAUCUGCAAGAACAGUUUCCUGAAAUGCCAUACUUACAUUCAGGAAUGUUUGGCUGAGGCAGAAGAUAGGGAGCGUGAAAGACUUGAAAAAGAGGCUGAACUUGUUUCACAACGCAGUGUAAAACAAGAAGAGACACAGGAG